UCUCCCAACCAGCGAGGCCCUCCCAGAUCCCGCCCCCCUACUUGUACGCUCCGCCCCCGAGAUGCCCCUGUCGCCGCCUGAUUGCACUGUGGCCUGGCCGCGGUAGGCCGGGCGGAGCGCUGGGUGCAGAACCGUGUGGAGGCUGGAAAUCGUGGGUGCCCCUCGUCCGGACCAUGUCUGGCUGCUACGGUCCGAAGGGAGACUGCUGCUCACGGCAAUGCGUCGCGCAGGACAAAGAACAUCCAAGAUACCUGAUUCCAGAACUUUGCAAACAGUUUUACCAUUUGGGUUGGGUCACUGGGACUGGAGGAGGAAUUAGCUUGAAGCAUGGCAAUGAAAUCUACAUUGCUCCUUCAGGAGUGCAAAAGGAACGAAUUCAGCCAGAAGAUAUGUUUGUCUGUGAUAUAAAUGAGCGGGAUAUAAGUGGACCUCCAGCAUCUAAGAAGCUAAAAAAAAGCCAGUGCACUCCCCUUUUCAUGAAUGCAUACACAAUGAGAGGUAUGCCGGAAAUGCCUUUGACACCAGGAAUAUUUGCAGAGCGGGCUCCCCUAAGUAAUAGUAGUUAUUAUUUUAGUUUUGUCAAAAUUACUAUGUAUGUUUGUUUUAACAGAAAAAAAAAUGGCUCAUUUUGUCUUCAUAGAUAUGAUGAUAUGUUAGUGGUACCUAUUAUUGAGAACACACCUGAAGAAAAAGACCUCAAAGAACGAAUGGCCCGUGCAAUGAAUGAGUACCCCGACUCCUGUGCAGUCCUGGUCAGGCGCCAUGGAGUGUACGUGUGGGGAGACACAUGGGAGAAGGCUAAAACCAUGUGUGAAUGUUAUGACUAUUUAUUUGAUAUUGCUGUAUCAAUGAAGAAAGUAGGACUUGAUCCCACCCAGCUCCCAGUUGGAGAAAAUGGAAUUGUAUAAGCCAAACAAAAGUUUAAUUAUACAGAGAUUAAACUAAACUUAAUUAUUAUUUAAGUGAAACAAUUAUUUUUAAAUGAAUUGAAAUUUUCCAAAAACACCAUUGAUUUAUCACUAAAUGCUACAGAUGAUCAUAUUUAAUCUCUUCUGACAUUGAAUAAUAUUUGCUCAUAUUCUUGUAAUUUAAAUGACAGGACAGUGGAAUAAAAAUUUUUUACUCAGUGUU